GCAAGCAAGCAUGUGCAAACAGACCUAAAUUAUUGUCAAUAAAUAGUUAUCUAAACACUUCCAUAUCAUAUAAUUCAAUCAAACCUAGCAAGCAGGCGAGAGUUGAAGAUGGAAGGGAGUGAGGUUAAGCUUCUUGGAAUGUGGGCGAGCCCAUUUGUUUUGAGGGUUCGGAUCGCUCUGAACCUCAAACAAGUCCAGUACGAGUAUCUGGAUGAGAUAGUCGGAACCAAGAGCGAACUGCUUCUCCAAUCAAAUCCCGUCCACAAGAAAGUACCGGUCCUUAUUCAUGCCGGAAUACCCAUCGCUGAAUCUCUGGUCAUCAUUCAGUACAUCGAUGACUCUUGGGCCUCAUCUGGGACUGGGCCUUCCAUUCUCCCUUCAGAUCCCGUGGCUCGAGCUUUUCACCGCUUUUGGGCUGCCUACGUUGAUGAAAAGUUUUUCCCAGCGAUGAGAGGGACUAUAAUUGCCCCAACAGAGGAGGGAAGGAAACUCGCAGAGGAGCAUGCCAAAACAGGGAUACAGCACUUAGAGGAAGCUUUCAUUAAAUUGAGCAAAGGAAAAGCUUUCUUUGGGGGAGAUCAUAUUGGGUUCCUUGACAUUGCAUUUGGUUGCUGCUUGGGUUGGGUUGAAAAUACAGAGAUCACCACUGGGCUGAAGCUAAUUGACGAAGCUACCACACCCCAUUUGGCCGUUUGGGCCCAACAUUUCUUACAACACCCUGCUGUCAGUGCUGUUAUGCCCGAGAAAGAGAAGCUCCUUGAGUUUUCCAAAAUGCUCUAUCCGAAACACAGAGCCAGACUUCUAGCUCAGAUGCAGCUCCCCAAGUACUACUUUUAAGCUUGUAGUUGACAACAGUGGACUUAAUUGAAUCGAAUUGUUUGAUCUCUCGGCGUUGCUUCUUAAUAUUAUCGUUAUCUAAAAACAAGAACACAAAUUAAGGUGUUUGUUAUGUCGAGAACAAAUUAAAUUUGUUGUGCUUAAUUUCUUGGUACAAUAAAAAUAAAUUAUUCUGUUAAUUCA